UCGGACCUCCGGCGCCUGCGUAAAGUCCUCCAGGCCAACAGGAGGCGAUGAGGCGGUGCUUAAAACUGGCGGCGCUGGUUUAAGCCGGAGGAAGUCGCGUUUAGCGCUGUGACGUCGGCGGCCGCUUGGAGUGCGGACGGGGCUGUAGCUCCAGGAUGAACGCCCCUCCUGCCUUCGAGUCGUUCUUGCUCUUCGAGGGCGAGAAGAAGAUCACCAUUAACAAGGACACCAAGGUACCUAAUGCCUGUUUGUUCACCAUCAACAAGGAAGACCACACCCUAGGGAACAUCAUUAAAUCGCAGCUGCUGAAGGACCCACAGGUGCUGUUUGCUGGCUACAAAGUCCCCCACCCCUUGGAACACAAGAUCAUCAUACGAGUGCAGACCACCCCGGACUACAGUCCCCAGGAGGCCUUCACCAAUGCCAUCACCGACCUCAUCAGCGAGCUCUCCCUGCUGGAGGAGAGGUUCCGGGUGGCCAUCAAAGACAAACAAGAAGGGAUUGAGUAGGCAGCCGGAGGUUUCAUGUGGCCUGGGAGCCCAGUCCCUGCCCCCCCACUACUUUGCUCCUGGCACCGUGCAGAGGAUAACAGCCAGGCCCAGCUGCAACCUCUGGGGCUCCUGUGUUCACCCAGCCCUAACACUUAGGUGUCUGGCAUAGCUUCAUCCUUCUAAGCAAGCGUGGCCAGAAGUAGCGGUGACUUCACGGCACGUGUACUGUCGGGUUCCAUGAGUCAGACACACCGAUUCUGGAAUCUGGGUGCUGCCAGCGAGGCGGUCUGGAGUAGAAGGGAUCCAGUGCCUGUCCACGCUGUGUUCUGGAAGUAGCAGCCAGGCCCACCUGUCUACAGCUGGAGCUAGGAUGGGCCCACAGGACAGCACACAGCUUUCCACAGGCUGCUUGGCCAUAGCAGGAAGUUUAAUAAAAAUACUCGCUGAUAAAAAACUCCA